AUGUACGAAAUAUUAAACAAUAGAGAGGUUAUUAAAAUAGCGGGUUCAGAUUCGUUAAAGUUCCUGCAAAACCUUACAACUAAUGAUAUCAAUAAGAAAAUAGUAGAUUGUAAAGAUGAGUAUAAAAUUGCUUAUUUUCAUCAAGAAUUAAAUAUGGAUUCGUUAGUCACAGCUCGUGAUCCUCGAUAUAAUUUGUUGGGAUUUCGCUCAAUAACACUAAGCCAAUCAUGUCAUUCCCGCAUAGGCGGGAAUCUAAGUAAAAAAUUAUAUUUAGAUGAUAAAUAUAAUUUUGCCAUAGUAGAUGGGGUAGAUGAUCUAACUGUUGGUAAAUCUAUACCCACUUUAUAUGGUAUUGAGGAGCUAAAGGGAGUUAGCUAUGAUAAAGGUUGUUAUGUAGGACAGGAAGUUAUUUCAAGGGCUAAAUAUCAAGGAGUUAUAAGAAGAAAGAUAUACAAAAUUAUAGCUGAGGAAGAUUUAUCAUCCUUGAUUAAAGAUGAGGAAAUACUUGCAGGAAAUGAUUCAAUAGGCAUAAUAUGUUCCAGCUAUCAAAAUAAAGCUAUAGCUUUAGUUAAAGAAGAGAAAUAUCUUGCUAGUAAGGAAGAAGAUAUUACUGUGAGGGGGAUUAAGAUAGGCUUGUCUCUUGCUCCUUGGUAUGUUUAA